CCUCAACUUUAUAGAGUUACAUUUUUUGGUCUCUCAACAGUUUUUUUGUACUUUUUUGAUCCUUCAACUCUAAAGAAUGCAUAACGUUGGUCAUUUCAUCAACCCGAUUCUGCUCUUCUUCCCGCUGCAGCCCAAAAAAAAAAAAGAAAGGGGAACCCGGCACCAGCCUUUGAGAAACCGAAUCCGGAUCUGCUCUGCUCUGCUCUGCCCUGUCCGGUUGCUGCUCUUGCCGGUUGUGGGUGCAAAAUUCUGGGCUGUUUCGAUUUUGGGUGAACCCGUGAGCUUUCCCUGCAGCUUGCCGCCGGCCUCUUCCCCCCUGCAGCUCCGGUUUCUACAGCUGGAGAAUUAUGAUUCCCGAUCGUUCUGUCAGUUAGCACUGAGAUCGAGUGCUCGGUUUUAUGCGAGUGAGGUAAGUAAAUUUAUGGUAAUGCCCAUACAGUUUUUAAAAGCAUGUUUUGAUUUGUUUUUGAAGUGAUGGCAAGACUAAACCCGUUUUACACAAGUAUGACUGAUUUGAAGUGAAAGUUUUAUGUUUUUCAUUAAAUUGAGCAUGCCUACUUGAGAUUUAAUUGAUUGUCCUGAUGAUUUGAAAGUGAUUGGUGAAUUAUGAUUUUUCUGUUAACUUCUGCUUGUUUUGUCUCCGAUGUGGUUAUGUUAUUGAUGAUCCUACUAGUGGGGUUUAAACGCUAGCACAUGUCGACAUGUUAUUGAUAGAACCGGUUCGUUCAACCCUACUAGUGGGGGUUAUACACCGGCAAAUACUGUAGCCUGCCAGUGGGAGGUUUAAACACUGGCCAUGACCUAUAAAGGAGACGUCUAUUUCAUUCCCGUACUUGUAUCCGUUUUUCUGAUUACACUUGUUGGCAUGCUAUGAGUUUAAUUAAGGGCAUUCCAUAUUUACUUACUGAGUUUAUCUUAUAGUUUUUCUUUGUCCAUCAUUUCAAGAAGCGAAAUCGAGGACGGAAAACCACGGGAAGUGACAAGUUAGAAGGCUAGCCAUUUCGAGAUUGAUAUAGAUUUUAGAUAUAGAUCGUGAUCUUGUAAACUGAAUUUUAAUUGAAGAUUUUAUAAAUUCAUUGAAUGGAU